UGAUAUGAGUUAGUGUGUGUGUGCCGAGAUAGUUCAUGGUGACAAACGGGUGUGGAAAUCGCUAAAUAAUUUUGGUUUUUGUGUCUUUCAGUUGUAUUUUAGUUUUGAAUUAUUAAGUUAAGUACAAAAUGGGGUGUGCUUUAAGUUCAUCGAGGGAAAAAGAGGCCGUUGAGCGGUCCAAAAAAAUCGACAAGGACCUGAGAGCGGAUGGAGAAAAGGCAGCUAGAGAAGUGAAGUUACUUCUAUUAGGGGCUGGCGAAUCUGGUAAAAGCACAAUCGUAAAGCAGAUGAAAAUCAUUCAUGAAACAGGAUAUUCAAAAGAAGAAUGUGAGCAGUACAGACCAGUUGUCUUCAGUAAUACAAUUCAGAGUUUGAUGGCCAUUAUUCGAGCCAUGGGUCAGCUCAGAAUUGAUUUUGCUGAUCCUGGAAAGGCUGAUACAGCACGACAGUUUUUCACUCUGGCCAGUGCUGCAGAGGAAGGAGAAAUCACACCGGAGUUAGUCGCAAUUAUGAAAUCUCUGUGGCAAGACCCCGGUGUUCAGCUUUGUUUUUCCCGGUCACGAGAAUACCAGCUCAAUGACUCUGCUGCAUACUAUCUCAAUGCACUUGACAGAAUCUCAAUGCCCAACUAUGUUCCAACCCAACAAGAUGUUCUACACACUCGAGUUAAAACAACUGGAAUUAUUGAAACACAUUUCACCUUCAAAGGGCUACAUUUUAAGAUGUUUGAUGUUGGUGGUCAGCGUUCUGAGCGGAAAAAAUGGAUUCAUUGCUUUGAAGGCGUUACUGCCAUCAUUUUCUGUGUUGCAUUAUCAGGUUAUGAUCUAGUUCUGGCAGAGGACGAAGAAAUGAACAGGAUGAUAGAAUCAAUGAAACUUUUUGACUCAAUCUGCAACAGUAAAUGGUUUGUGGAAACAUCCAUUAUUCUUUUCUUGAACAAGAAGGAUCUCUUCGAAGAAAAGAUCUCAAAAAGCCCUCUCACCAUUUGCUUCCCAGAAUAUCAAGGUUCCAAUACUUAUGAAGAAGCAGCAGCUUACAUUCAAAUGAAAUUCGAGAAUCUGAACAAACGGAAAGAUCAAAAGGAAAUUUACACGCACUUCACAUGUGCGACCGAUACGAACAAUAUUCAGUUUGUUUUUGAUGCAGUGACUGAUGUAAUCAUCAAGAACAAUCUCAAGGACUGCGGCCUAUUCUAAUAUGCUGCUCUUAGGUACAAAGUAUCCUGAUCCGUUUUCGGUGUCUCAAUCACUGGACCUCUGAUGGUAGGUUCGGUAAAAUGCCUCGCUUUAUGCCAUACUCCAUGUGAAAUCCUGGUCCAUCAAAUUAAUUUAUUAACUUUUUAAUCUGUAAAUAGGCCUUUGGUCCGCGGUUCCCAGCUAAACCUGAAACUGAUCGUUUCAAGUUCCUUCUCUGGAUCCCGAUUUUUUUUUUAAUUUUUGGGACCUUGGUUUUAUGUACAUUGAAGUUUUAUGUCAUAGGUUUAUUUUAUAAUUCAUUAGUUCUAAAUUUUUACUGGCCUAAACAGAUGACGCAUUGAUCGCAAAAACUACAGGUUACUCAUUAUUUCAAAUGAGGAUAAUGCAUGAGAAACUGCUAGAUCCACAUCAGAUCCCUAUAGAUGAGUGCAGAUUUCUCUAAAUAUCAGAAAAUCGUAGGAAAUACGUAAGUACCAUUUUUAAGGGGGAGGGGGGGGGAUGGUAUCCCAGAAAAUUACUGCUUUUCAAGGAAGGGUUUUGGACCACAUUGUGCUCUCAUUUUUAGUUCACCAUCAGCACCUGAUUGAAUGCAACUGACCUAAUUGGUAACUUUGUGGUCUUGUAUGUUCCAUGAUGGGGCAUGUAAAGAUUGUAAAUAUUGCUGGGAACCCUUAUCCAAGGAAUUAGCUCAUUUUUCUUUUCUCUCUCUCUCUCUUUUUUUUUUCGCAAAUUAUCUCUCAUUGAUUCUUGACCAUCCAUGAAAUAAGGGAUCUCAGUCCACAGAUGCAAACUUUUUAGUACGGCGAUUUUACCUAGUCAGGUGCAGAAGGCAAAUUAAUCAUCGCAUGCGAACGGGUUAAGUUCAUUUUUUGUAAACGGAGCGGGCAUUAAAUUGUAUUAUAAUCUGGUUUUUUUGUAUCUUGAACAUAAUAGGUUAGAAUCAUGAAGAACUUUUUUUCAGAAAUGCGUUUUUUGAAGUGGAAACCCUUAGCCUCUACAACUUGAGUUUGGUUUGACAUCUUUUUUUCCUAUAUUUUCACUGAAUGAUUUUAAAAAAUUGCUCAAUUUGGAGUUUUUGUGGACUGAGGUUCUUCUUUCUGUGGACUGUCACACUUGUCUUUUUGGGUGUUUUAUUUUCAUACUUCUCUUUCUGUAUAGUAAUUCAGACAUUCUGACUGUUCUGUCACAUUCCGCCUCUUUAGAUUCAUUGCAUCAAUUAAUCAGUACCUGAAUGAAUUCAAUUGCAGAAUACAGUACCUCAAAACAUUCUGUCAAAAACAAACAUAUUUUUUUACAUCAUUUCAGGACGAAUAAAUGAUUUUUAUGGCUCUAUUCAAAUUUUAACUUUAGUCAAACUGUAAGUUAAGUCUCGGCUGGUCCGAGUAUUCAAGAAUUGGAUUUAUUUUCUACUUUCCAUUACCAUUUACUAAGAGCUAUUCAGGGUUUUUUCUUCCUUCUCAUUUUUUUCCUACCUUAGCAAGAAUUCAUAAAAUUUGCAGAUUUUAUCCUAUUGAAUUUCCUGUAGGACUACGUAGCAACUGAAAAACAAGGAGUUUCCUCUCUUUGUUUUUUUAAAGGGUUCACAUCCCUCGUUAAUAUAUUUCCUCUAUUAUUUACCUUUCUCAAAUUCAUCAAGUAUUGAAAUCUUUCCCUCACUUUUCUUUAGAAUUGUUACAUUGGAAUUUAUCAAAGAGGAGUGUAAAUUUUAUUUCAUCUGUAAUAUUUGCAUAUCAAUUUUUAGUCCACUGACAAAGUCGUCUUAAAUUUUCAAUGAAAUCCGUACCAAUAUGUAGUAAAUUUUAUUGAGAAAAGCUGGUUAAUAGUUAUGAUGAGUUCUUUACUAUAAUAAUAGAGUAACAGAGCUUGUAGCAAGCAUUCAAAGAAAAUGUAAGAAACUUUAGAAAACGCUCUGAUCAACUAUAAAAUUGUUGCUAUCAAUUACAACUGAAGACACUUACUGUUCUGUGAAUUUUUAAUUUUUGUGUUUAAAAGUUCGAUCUUCCAUUGCAUUUUAUUUUUUUGAACAUUUUUAUUUAAAGGAAGCCUGCAAAUUCCAUUAAAAUCAAUUUGAAUAGAAUGAUCUUCUGCACAAAUAACUCAGGUUUAUCCUAAGCUUGUCAGUGAGAUUGUUGAAAACACUGUUUUGGUCUCACGGAGCUAUGUUAUUUUAAAUAGUCAUAAUUUUUCGGGGCAUCUCUGAGGGAGCAAAUUACUUAGGAUAAAAUUCGGAACAAAAUUUUCAAUGCUAACAAGUUAAUUAAGUAAAAAGUUUUACCUCAGCAGUAUUCUUAACUGUUCCAUUUCAUCGCUAGUGAAUUCACAGUUUUUAUAUUGUUAUUUUUUAUGAAAUCUAUUUUUAUAAUUUCAAUGUUGUAUCUUUGUCAUGCUCUAUUCUAUGUGCCUUUUGCUUUUUCUAACUUGAGUAAAAUUUCUGUCCAGCUAACUUUCUGAUUGAAUACUUCAAUGUUUUAUUUAUUUAUUUAUUUAUUUUUUUUUUUUUUGUACUUUUUCUACUUAAAAUCAAUUUUUAUUUUGCAAAUUUUCCAACUAUCGUAAUUUGUAAGCUCUCUUUCUAGAGCACCCUAGCAUGACUAAACAAAUACUCAAUUAUUUCUCAAUGGAUAGCUUUCAACGUCCUGUUCUCUUUUCUUCUUCCAUCUUUUCAUUAAAAUGCAUCCAGUGGUAGACUGACCCCCAGAGCAUUACCGGAACUAGGCAUCUCAACUAGGGCAUGCAAUAAGAAGAAUGCCUCAUAUUCGACAGCAUACAAAUAUUUAUAACAAUUAUUGGCUGCGCAGGCCCCUGUGAAAUUCUUCUUUUUGGAUGAAUAUCCCUUGUUUUUGGAGUGAAUUUGAUGAUAAGUCAGCCACUUAUCCUAGCCAGUCUGCCUCUCAAUGCAUCUUAGAUGUUUCAUUUACAGCUAGCAUUGUAAACUAAAAACUUCACCUCUAAAAUCAAAAAUCUGUGUCAAAUGAUAUAGCGUCUGCUUGAAACAUGUACUCAAAUUCCAAUAUUGGUGUUUAUUGCUAAUUGUUGUAGAUUAUUCCGUGCACAAUAUCUGUUAGGUUUAGUUCUUGAUGGAGAUUUUUUUAAAAACACAAUGGAACCUAUCCACAAGGAAGCCAAUAUUCCAAGCUUAGUAGACUGUAAAUAAACGGUUGAAAACAUCAGUGACUCUUGCACUUUUACAAAGAAAUAUUUUAAAUCUUGCUUUAUGAGCAAGUAUCGAUUCUCAUGGUCUAAUAUUCUGUCAAUGAAUUUGUCAUGGUAAUUUGUAAAUAUUAUUGAGUUUACUCUAAGUAAAGUAUUACUUUAGAUGUGUUGGAAACAAAAUCAUGAUUUAACUUUGCUUCAUCUCCCUCUUGUGGCUUUCUAAAAAUCACUUUCUUUUUUAAAUUUUUUUUUUUCAAAGAAUCUCUGAGAGGUUUUCUCUCUUAUCAUUUCGUUUCAUCACUGUUCUCCAACAGAGUUUUUAAGUUUAGCUAUCAAAUUAUAUAGGAAAGCAUAAGUUAUAAUCUUCCGGGCUUCCCAAGUCUUUGAGCAUUCCUUUUCUACUGUACCUACUUCUGAUAAAUUUAGGUAGAUGCCUAUUCUUACCUUUUAAGUAUCAAAAAAUGUAAAAAAUCAAACUCUUGAACAAAAAUGCUUACUUUUUAUUAUUUUGGUGUCUGAAUUUAAUGUUGAAAGAAUGAAAUGAUGAAUGAAAAUGAUGUUCAAAUAAUUGUCUUUCUAAAAAUAUUUCUGUAUUUUCUUAGUCUACCUUUGUUUAGUGUUCCUUCAAGGACUAAGAGAUGGUAGGUUUACUUGUUAUCCUGGAAGCUUCUAAACUCACACCAAUUAUGUUUGAUUUUUCCAGUCAUGCUUCUCUAGGGGUAUGAUUUUUACGUAAAAUUUACAACUUCAAAGCGCCCAAUAUAGAUACAGUUUGAUCUUCUCAUACUUAUAAUUAAUCUGUAAUUAAAGAUGUAGAACAUAUGGAAUUUUACAGCUCUGAACCAAUACAUUGAUGGAGAAAUCGCAGAAAUACUUAUAUUGGUUUGCGUUCUAGAGUAUGUUUCUCUCUGCCCCCACCCGCCUCCUUUAAUCAUUGAGAGCAAAAUCCUCUCUUGAAUGCACUCUUUCCCAGGUGCAAACGCUAGCUAGUAACAGAGAAAAGUUUUUACUGGAUUUUUUUAGAAGAAAAAUCUAUUUUCGGGCUUUGCCUUUCUAGCAGAGUGUUUUCCCAUUUUUGGGAGUUCUGUACAAAUUAACUUGAUGCUCUGUAAAAGUUGCCAUUUUAAAUCAAACUUAUUGCAGUUUAGUAAAUGUAUGUAUGUAUGUGUUGUAUGCUCUUGUAAAUAAUAGGCACAAUUCUCUCAUUCACUGUGCAGAAAAGUGAAAUUUAUCAUUUUUCUUCAUAGCUCUCAAGCAUACGCUGACUCAGGUACGGCGUUAUUUCUUCGAAGCAUUUGUUCAAUCGAUUCUCCUUCCUGAAGUCUCAAACCGAAAUUAGGACUUUGUCUUCUACUGCUCCAAAAGUACUUGAUGUUGAAACAUAGCGUUACUGACAUCAUAUUCGUAACAUUUCUUACAAUUUUAUGAAAAAUCAACUUAUUUUGUAGGCUUGAAUUGUAUUUAAAUGCCAACCUUUCUCAGCAUCGGUUAAUAGAAUGAUAGGACCUUUCUUACUACUCUACUUAUUUAACACUCAAUUUUAUUCACUGCCUAUUGUCAAGAAUGAAGUGUGGCACAGAUCAUUAAUUCAUUCCCCUAAUUGCUUACUUGAUUCAGAUCCACAAAAUUUCCGUUUCCUACGUAUUGUAUCUAAGAAUGGUGUCAUCCUGUGCCUUCUCUGUUUUAUUAUCUUCUUACUGUUACUCUGUAGAAAUUCAAAGAGUGAAAAUUGUGCUCAACAACUCGAUACAAGUGAAUCACAGUAUGAGGUUGUGUCAGGAGCUGUACACAUUUCCAGCAAGGUUCAUAGUAAAUUCGGUAAAUAUGUAUGCGCCGUAUCUUAAUUGUUGUCCCUUGUUUUCAUGCUAUCAUGUUUCAGCACAACAUUUUGAGGAUUUUGUCGUGAUCAAACCUGUAAAUACUUGAUCAUCCAUUCCAGUUUAGAUUGAUCAUCUAUUGUAGCCUGCUACUUUAAAUCCCUGCGCUUUUAUGAUGAAGAAUGGCCAUCUGAAGCCGGGGAAUUCUGUGAUUUGAUGUUUCAGUCCAGUUUUUAAAAUACCAAAAUGUGUUGAAUGGUUGUUAUAAUUGUUUUUACACAGCCAACGUUCAUUGGAAUGAUGCAUUGUUCUUAAUUGACUUGAUCGACAAUGUUACUCAGUCCUAAAACUGCAGCUCAGUAUUUGAGGGAAACCUUUUUUAAGACUAUCAACUCUUUGGCCAUAUUAUUAUUAACAUAAGUUGUAUACACAUCUGUGAAUACUUUGCAUCUUUCCAAUAUGUUCAGUGCCAUUGUGUCUGGAUUUUAGAUAAAAUAUGUAACUCUUCUUUUAGCCCACUUACUUGGUACUGAAUUCCUAAUGUUAGAAUUUUUUGUGUUUGUAUGGUACAGAGAUCAGAAUAAGAUUAACUUACACUCUUUUUUACCUUCAAUAUCUAAGAAGAUAAUUCGGAUAUGUGUAUGAUUAGCGGUAGGUAAUUCCCUUCUCAACUACUCAUUUCCCCUUCUUGUUGUCACUAAAUAUUUACUGCAUCAUGCUAUCUCUAAAUCCUUGGAAAAAUCACUGGUACUGUGUAGAUCAACCCCAGAUGCUCUGAAAUGUGAACAAUGUUUUUUUUUUCUUCUGAUUUUUUUUUCUCUCUCUCUUUUCCUUUUUUGUGUGUGUGUAAGAACUGACUGAACAGGCUGUUAAAAGUAAUAGAAACAUACUAUUGUACACUCAUAUGUAGUCGGUCAUUUGUGCCUUCUCUUAAUGUAAAGCAUCUAGAUGACAUAGUUCUGAGCAGCAAGUAACAUUUUAUGUUCUACCUACAAAUCUGUAAAAAAGUAAUCUGUUCUAGAAAGUAACUGAUAAAUGAAACUUUUGACAAGCACUGAUUAAAGUAAAGUGUUGUCAAUGUAAUGUAUAUGACAACCUAACUCAUCAAGUUUUCCCUCUAAACCUGAUUAGCGAAAUAAUCAAGCAUAUUUUCCUUUUAAUGGAGGACGAAGGGCAGUCUAAGCCAAGGAAGUUUUGUGCCUUGAUUGAUGGAUGAAACCUGUCUCUAUUCCUCUCUCACUUCAUUAAAAUCAUAUUUUUUUUUUUUGUUUGUUUGUAUGAUCAACUUGUUUAGAUUGUCAUUGUCAUUAUUGAAAAGAAUCGAUGAAUUUCUUCUUCUGAGAAGAAGUUUAUGAACUAAUGUUUGAAAAUUUCUUUAUCUCCUAGCAAUAUUUUUUCAUAGCAAUUAUCAAUAUUUUUGUUUAGCUUUAGCAAGGUAUAGUAAUGGACUGUUACUGUUGACAUGGGGCUUUAAAGAUCGUCCAUUAUAUCAAGCAUACAUUCCAUCAAUGCAGAGGUAGACCCUCUGCAUACCCUGCGAUACCCUCUGAGAUAUUACCCUCUCUGUUGCCUCUGUUAAUAAUAAUCAAAAGAAUUUCAAACCAGAGUUAACUUUUUGAAAAGUUAUUUUCAUGUCAAUGGUGUUUCUGUCAUUUUUUCUCUCAAAUGAACAUGCAUGUACGAUCAAACCAUCCUUUUUUUUCGUAUAUUAAUAUAAUCCAGCAUUGGACGAAGAGCAACUAAAAGUAAUCGCCACCUGUAAUUUUGCUGUGACCUCUAGGUUGCACAUCUAUAGAUUACCUACGUUUAGCCUGACGCUACAGACUGACGCUAUGCAUACAUGAGGCACUUCAAAGACGUACUAAAGUGGUCCAAAAGAGUAUUAUGUGUGUGAUGUUUUUUUUUUGUUUUUUUUGGUUUUUUUUCAAUUCCCACAUGAAUAAUAACUCUUUUAUCACUUGAAAAAUUUGCUUUUUUAACUUGGAAAAAGGUUGAAUUUUUCAAAAUAAUGGAAGAGAAAGUUGAACUCCUGAAAAAGCAUGUGAUCAUUUUGAAAUAAAAAAAAAAUUAGAGAAUUGGACUCGGUAAAUUUUUACAAAUUUUCAUUGAAUCUUGUCCCCUUUUUUCGGAGGGGGAUGUUAUAUGUUGAUCUAGAAUAGAGCCACAAUCAUAUUAUUUCAGAUGUUCCCCUGCAAAAUUUCUGGUCUAAAUCUGAUGUAAGCACCCUAGAAGUUCUUGACUUACCAAUAAAAGUUUGAAUGCACCAGACCCACCUUUAAUUGGUCAACAUAUUUGUUACUAUUUAACUAAUUCUGUGACUACCCAUUCAGAACAUCCCUCUCAUUUGUCAAAAAAUAAUGAAAUUCAUAUUAAAUAGCUUCUGCAACUAUUUGUAAAUUAUGCCCCACAAAGUCUGUGUUGUGUACUAAGAAUCUCAGCCCAAAAUAUGUCAAUUACUUGAAUACCAUAAGUGUUAGUCUCUAAUUGAGUGUAAGGUUGUAUAUUCUCUUAUUUUUAAACUGAAAGUGCAAAGAAAAUUCUUAGAAAAAUUUGGAAUCGAAAUCUUUUUGAAAUCUUUUGAAAGUUCUGUCUUUUGUACCUAAAAUUUCUUGAUUAAUUUUGAAUUUUGUUUACAAUGUUGGAAAGAUUGGAAUUAUUUAUUAUCGACAACUGCAACAAAUCUAAAAUUUAGAGUGGAAGGUUUUCUAAAUUCUCUGUGGACGUUUCAAAUCUCCUCUUCUCAAUCAUAUCAUGAGAAAAAAAAAAACAUUUGAUACAUUUUGCUUGUCUGUUCAUGCUGCAAAAGUGCACAAUUCCUUUACUUUCCACUGAAAGAGCUGCAAGUCGCACAUUUAAGGGGCUUGGAGGACAAGGUGCAUAAGUGUUGUUUUUGAAAAAAUUGAGAUACUAAUAAUUUCAAGUAAAACUAGUCUCAAUACGGAUUUUGUGAAUAAUUGGCUCCAAAAUUCCAAUUUUUAAGCAUCGGAAAGUCAGUUUGAAUUUUCUUUCCGCCAUUAAGAUCCAUGUAAUUUCGAAAGUUAGAAAAUGCAUUUCUUGAAAUAGUACAAACUGCACUUAUGCGCCUUGUCCACCAAGCCCUUCAUUUAAGAUUAAAAACUAGAAAAUUUAUGACCUUUGAAUAAACUUUCUCACUUGCAUGAAUUAUCCUGUCUCAAUGGUUUUAGGUAAGUAAAUUUUUCAAUAACAUAAUUUAUUUAUUGUGUCUUCUUUUUCCAAUGUUUAUUUAAUUGUAAGUCUGUUCAACGUUUUUGUUACUUGAAUUUUAUAAUAAAAGUAUUAUUCUAUUUUUA